AGAUUAUUUUUAUGUUGCAAUAAUGACAGACAGACUCGGGGCGGGACUCGAUCCCCCAAAUCCACGGAGUUGUUGCAAAACUUCCGAUCUGCAGCCUCGGACCGCUACAAAACACGUUUAAGAAGGGAAGUUAUCGCUGAUAUCGUGAUCAUGGAAGAUGAAGCAGCAGUUGUGGAGGAAGGCAUCAGCCCGGCUCAGAGCCCUCUGGUCGCUGUCAGCUUCCAGAGAAAUGUCCACAGGAAUAAGAAGUACCUGGAGGCUGAACCCAAAGCUCUGGGGAUCACUCAGAUUGGUCUGAGUGUGUUUCAGGUCCUCUGUGUGGGUGUGUUUCUGUCCAAAGGCCUGAGCCAUGCUCAUGUUGACAUACCUCUCCUCAUUUCAUCUCUACUGGUGAUAAUAGCUGGGAGUGUAGCUGUAGCAGCACAGAACCUCCAUCUGCCGACGCUGAGGGCCUGUCUGGGGAUGCAGCUGGUGGCCGUUGGUGCCUCACUCUUCAACAUCAUCUGUAUGCUCCUUAAAAUGGACAACACGCCCUAUUUCUGCUGGCAUUAUUUCUACGACCACAACAUCACAGACCAUUGGGGGGAAAUGUGCCAUAAAAUUGAGAGCACCCACUCACACUUUUUUGCUGAGGGUGUCCUCAUUGAGGUUGCUCUGUUGGCCAUUUCCGUCACUCUGGCUGUCUACAGCUGCAAAGUGGUCAACUGCUGCUCACCAGCUUCCAAAAUGCCGGUGAUCACUGUACAAGCACCCCCUGCCCAACGCUAAGGAGACAAAGUGGACGAGCUUGGAAGACAGAUGUUUUGCUAAACACAAAUUUAAAGCUGAACAAACUAAUAAUUUUUAUAUCAACAAUGGAUCAAAUGACUAUGUGUAAUAUGAACGUUGUAUUGGAAAAACCCGGGGGGUUAAGCGUGAUUCAUACUUCUGCGCCGUGGGUGGCUAUGUCUGCAGGUACGUAGAGACACGAACCCCACACCGGACCCUAAGCCGUAGCCUCACGUGCACCUCUCAAAAAUGUAACUUCACGUUGCGGCAAUGCAAGUUGCUUGGCCGUGGCUUGUUAGCGUUGAAUUUCGCUCAACUCAUUUCUUGGUUCUCCUUCUCUAUGCAACAAUAAAUCAAGGGGAGGGUAACAUUUUCCUGCUACAGAUUUCCCACCAUGGUCAGAAAGCCCAGGGGAGACACUUUGUUUCUCGCACUAUGACUCGCUCCGAAGAUAAUCACGACACUCUCUCAAUCGCCCCAACACUCACUAGUCACGCGCUGUUAUUCUCUUAACCCUUGUGUUGUCUUCCCGUUAACCAUGAACUUGUCCUUCCAGGUAAAAAUUUAAAUUGAAUUGUUCUUUUCCAAAGUUUUUAUCGCUUUUUCUGAUUUGUCACUUUUUCCAUGCUUUUGGCGAUUUAAAAAAAACCCUGAGCUGGUUUAAUAAUAGGUUUUACACUUAUUCUUGGAAUUCAUGGUAAACAAACCUCAUUUAUAUCAAAUUAUACCUUUGUAUUUAGUUAAAAAGGCAGAAGUUAUGAAUUUUGACUAAUAGUUAAGAUCAGAGGAUGUUGAGUGGAUCAGAUAGGUAUAUGUCAAAGUGUAGUCUUGAUACUGUUUUGAAACCAUUAUAAUAAAAAAAAAAAAAUUCAAAUUCUAUAAGAUUAAAUAAAACACCCAAAUUAAAGACUCAUUCAUGUUAUUUGUGGGCAAUUUGGUUGAAAGAAAUCCAUAUUUCUGAUAUAAAACACUUUGAAACGGGUCAAUUUGACCCGAGGACAACACAAGGGUUAAAGAGAACCACGCACACACCAACGCACAAGUGUAAACUUAAGGCCACUUACAUAGACAACUAUUGAUCACGCUUUAUUAUCAACUCUGCAGUUCCACCUCAGCUCAUUGAUUUGGUUCUCCGGACUGCCAUGUUAUUCUUAUCCUCAUCAUUACCACUGUACACAACCUGCUCACUAGCUGAUGAACACAGUGGAGCAUUUAGCAGCUAAACUGACAAAUACUUUUCUCUGGAGGUGGUGGAGACCAAACCAGAGCUGAAAGGAGAGGGAAUGUUGGACUUCAUUCACGUGAAUACAAACACAACUCAAUGGUAAUGUUGCUCUGUGUCUGCUAGCUGUAGAAAUAUGAAAAUAUUUCCUAACAUAAGGAACUUAAAAAGGUGAAUACUUAAAAAUACGUCAAUACCUUUUGUUAAUGGUUUGUUCCACUGCAGCAACAUCGUAAAAAAAAUAAAUAAAAAAAAAUCAAUGCAUGCAGCUAAAGAAAGAACUUCAGUAUUUUUUGUAUAAUUACUAUGUUCUCUCACUUUGCAUAUUACCAUAUUUUCUCAUUAGAUAUGUUUGUAUAUGUAUUCCUACUCCUAUGUUUACUUUAAAAUGCUACAGUAGGCACAAGGGACAAAUAC